CUCCGUGCGUCCGAAGGCAAUCAUUCCGGACGAAGAGGUCAAGCAGGCGCUAGUGAUUACGAUAUGGCUGAUGUCCAUUCCACGGUACGGGAGAUAAAGGCCCUCCAAGCGAAACUCCAAGUAACACGGCACGAAGAUGAACGACGGGCACUGGAGGAGGAUGUAACAGGAAAAAUCCUGUGGUUCUAUUGGCGCGGAAUCUGGGCAGAAGUGGACCAACUGUUAGCCAAGGUAGUGAAUGAAAUUCGGAAUGAAUUGAAUGCCAGCUUGGUGCCUCGGCCACAUGAUGCUCAUCCGGGUUUGCUCGAGAUUACAAAGUUUAUUAAGGGAGCUCGACGUAUGGGAGUGGGCGACGAUAUAGCUCACCUGCGGCGGAUCAUGCGCGAUGCAGGCGCAGGCAUAUCGAAACAUGGAUUAUGGCUUGCUGCCCAGGCUGAUGAACAAGCCAGAUUGUCAAGUGUACUUGUUUCGAGAAACAACCCAAUUACCAGUACCCGAGAGACUGCCUCGAGUACAAGUUCACUGGAUACUGAACCGGAAGGCUCUGCUUCGAGCGGAAGUCCACUGUUAACCGAAACGGAGCUUUGACUUGUCUGCCUGAGUGAGUUCGUCCUGUAGACGAGGAUCAGGAUUCGAUGGUCCCUCAGGACUUCGGCCCAACUUAUCAUAAUCCCCUACAGUGCGUCUCUCUUUAGCGCGCGAGGAGGGUACAACCAGCGCCUGGAGCAGCUUGAUGGACUUGAAGCAGGCAGAUCGAAAGCAACGCUGCAGUGGCCCGCUGUAAGCUACUGCCUCACCGUCCACACCUCUGUAGCGUAUUAGGUUUAUAAUGUGGACAAAGAAACAUCACGGUAUAGUUUCCUCGAUCUUCACCACUACCCGAACUAAGAACCAAGACUGGACUCACAUGGUUAUGACUUUCAAGAACGAUUUCCUCAGCGAAGGUCACCUGCAGCUGACGCUGGUUGUAAUAUUCAGCGUGUUGAUAUCGAGUACAAUAGCUCUCGUAAUUCUGGGAUGACUAGUCACAACGCUAGGGAGCGAUAUCAGGAAAUGGACGUUCAGAC